AUGCGUAAAAUUACAGCUAUCGUUUCUUUGAUGCUUAUAGCGUGGUCGCAGGCCGAUACAAGAAGGCAAAAAAAGGAAGCUUCAUCAUCAGAGGACUUCAGAACAGGUAAUUUACUGGCUGCUGGCUUGUCGUGUGAUUCGUGUGGGAGUGAGUGCGCGGCGGCGUGCGGCACUCGUCACUUCAGGGCUUGCUGUUUCAAUUACUUGAGGAGGAAACGAGGACCUGACCAUGUUAAGUUGCAACAAAAUCAUGAAGAUAUAAAAUCGGAGAGAAUUCAGAAAACACUACCAAUUGUUGUAUUAGAAAUUCCAGAAGAAUGGAGGGAAAAUACCCUUCUAAGCGAUUUCAAGCCUUAUUUGUAUGACGAUACGGUCGGUAAUAGGUUAGACGCGAACUAUGACGUUUAAAUAAUGACAGAAGCUGCAAUACUGUAUAUAAUCUGUGGUGAUUUUAGGCAAAAGCAAUUGUGACGUUCGGACAGUAUUUUGCGUACGACUUUGGCUCUGGGUGGCGCUGUUAUCGUUAUAAUUUCUGUCACAAAAUAAAUAAAACUUAUAGUGUAAUAGAAAAUGGAAUAAAAUAAAAAUCAGCGUUGAAAUGGCGAAUUAAAAAUAGUCACAAAAUACCAUAUUUUAUAGCCCAUCCUUUCAAUGUGUUAAAAGUAUCAUGCGGCACUUUGAAAUGAUGGCGCUAGUGAGCUAACAUUUGGUUUGACCGGGUCAAAAGUCGUACUAUAGAAUCUUAUAUCUGUUAGG